AUGCCAAAAGAACAGAUCCGAAAACGAGGCAAACGAAGAACCAAAGGAGAUGGUGAAAUAGUGGAGGUGCCUCCUAUGGGUAUGACCGAGAUUCAUGAACCUGAACCAUCAUCAAGUUCAACAGGAUUGCAUCCUUCUCGAGCUGCCCUUUUAGCUGGAAGACCUAUCCCUCCUCCACAGCCACAAGGAGAUCAGGAUUCUGCGCCACAAGGGGAGGAAGGUGCAGCGAACUGGACAAGAGGAGAUAGGACUGACUCGGAAUUUCCAUUUGGCGUACUGGAUCCCGAUGUUAAAGCUUAUUUCAGAAAUGUGGAGGAACAAAUCAAAGAUUGGGAAGGUAUCGAUACCGCUGGCGAAGAACGAGAAGACCGUCAACUAUUCCUCACUUCAGUUUUAUCCGAACUGCGGUCUCAUGAGCUGCAAACUUCCACCGAUCCGGAAACUUCUAUCAUUCUCGAAAGGCUCUUGCCUUCUCUCAAUGAUUGGGGAAGAAGAGUGAUAGGAGAUGCCUUCGGAGAAAAGUGGGAAGAGUUGAUCAGGCAUAGAUUCGGUAGUCAUGUGGUACAAACUUGGUUAACUUUAGCCGCUACCACUUUGGAUAGAGAAGCUAAAAACGUCUGGCCGCCUCAACAAUCUAAACAAGAUUCUUCUAAAGGACUAUUACCUAAAAUGACUGAACUCUUCCAAACUAUCAUCGAAACUCUAUUACCUUCAUUCCCACAAUUACUCUCAUCACCACAUUCAGCACCACCAUUAAGACUAUUACUGUUGAUAUUGACACCCAAUCGAUCAUUACCUGCAUUGGGUUCAGAUUCAGAGGAUAAUACGGGAGGCUUGAUCAGAUCUAAAAGAUCAAAUAAAUUUAGGAAUAAUCAAGGUGUUAAGGGGAAAUCCAUCUUAGGUGAUGAAGAAAAAACCAAAACCCAUAAAAGAGAUGUGCCGUCCCCUUUGAUAGAGUUAAGAACAGUGAUAAGGAAGAGCUUGAUGGAAAAACUGGGUCAUGUUGAAUGGAAAGCUAUGGGUGUUGACAAUGUCGGUAGUGCGACUGUUCAGCUAUUGCUCGAGUUUGAACUGGAGGAUGGAGAAGUGGAGAAAGAAGGAUCAUUGUUUGAUAUCAUAACAGAAGGUCUGAUUAGUCAACUAAAAAAAUCUCCAGAAUCUAUUCCUGAAGCUCAGCCAUAUCUUUCCACUCUACUCCUCACACAAACAGGAACGCGGUUGUUCGAAUCUUUACUUACCUUGUCACCGCCAUCCAUAUUUAAUGCUCUUUGGAAAGCAUAUUUCGUUGGCAAAUUAGGUAAACUCGCCGGACACCCUUACGCAAAUUUCGUAGUUGCUAAAGGAGUAUCUCGGUUGGACAAAGCGCGGAUCGAGGAUUUGGUAGGAGAAGUAAAGGGCAAUAGUGGUGGAAGAGGUCUUAUCAAAGCGGCAAGGACUAGUGUACUUCAAGCAUUAGUCGACAGAUCGGUCGUUUUGGGACAAUGUCAAAAGACUGUCUUGGAGCUGCUCUGUUCAUGCCUUGAGCUCCCAGAAGAUCAGAAGACUGAUUUUGUACCUUGUUUGAUGGCAUUGAAGACAUAUCCAAUGUAUCAAUCAAUCAUUUCAGGCUCCUCUGCACCAGAGGAGGACGAAGCGCCUCCGCCUGAGUCUGUAGAUAAGAAAGCAGAAGGUGCAGCUGCAGCUUACGCUCGUCGAUCAGCUUGGGAAAACAGGAGAACAGCUAAACCUCAAGCUGCGGACGGGGAGAUAUUACCGAAUAUGCAAGGAUGCUUGUUAUUACAGGGUAUGAUCGGUAUGACAGAUGUUAACGAGGCUAUCAUAGAAAGCCUUAUUGCCCAGCCUUUACCAACAUUAAUUACUUAUGCCAAAUCGCCAAUAUCAUCCCAUUUAUACGAUAAAGUCUUUACUUCCCCUUCUGUCGCCCCAAAAUAUCGCAGAAAGGUGUUGAUGUUGUUUAUGACACACUUCAAGGAAUUAGUAGAGGACAGAAUAGGUAGUAGGGUAGUUGACACAAUUUGGGAUAAAGCGGACGGAUAUAUGAAGGAGAAAAUUGCAAGGACAUUGAUACCUCACAUAGUGGUAUUGGGACAAUCACAAUAUGCUAAAUAUUUCAUGAAACGAGCGGAAUUAAGUUUGUUAUCUAGAAGACCAGAUGAAUGGAGAGAAAAAGUUGUAGGAGUAAAACAUCAUUUCGCUCAUCAAAAAUCAACAAAUACAAACUCAAAUCAAGUACCAAUGGAUAGUCGAGAUGGAGAUGACGAGAAGAUUAAAGAGAAGAAGAGGAAAAAGGAAGAAAACAAGGAUGAGAUUGAUAAUCUAUUUGAAAGCAUCGAGAAGAAGAAAAAGAAAAAGGAGUAA